UUGAACAACCAUCCCAGGUGAGCGUUGAGGGACCGGGGUAGUGUGACGCCAAAAUCUCGCGAUACUUCAUGGGGAGGGGCGUGUCAGAUUCCAAGACUAGAGCGAGCGAGUGAGAGAGAGUGGGAUAGAGGGGCGCUGUGUUAUACUGCAAAGCCUUUGCAAAGAUGGGGGACGACAAGCCUUUUGUGUGCAGUGCUCCUGGCUGUGGGCAGAGGUUUACUAAUGAGGACCACCUGGCUGUCCACAAACACAAACAUGAAAUGACGCUGAAGUUUGGACCCGCCAGAACUGACUCAGUCAUCAUUGCAGACCAGACGCCGACUCCAACUCGUUUCCUGAAAAACUGUGAAGAGGUGGGCUUGUUCAAUGAGCUGGCCAGCUCCUUCGAGCAGGAGUUCCCUAAGGCCCAGGAAGAUGAGGACAAGAGGGCCAAGAACCCGUUGCCUGUUCUUAAUUCAGGAGCACUUGAUAUGAGUUUGCAGACGCCUUCAGAUGUUAAGGUGAAAGAGGAGGACCCCGUGGAGGUGGACUCCUCUCCUCCUUCCAGCCCUGACUCCAUCUCCAGUAUGUCAGAUAGCAGCAAAGAGCCCUUAAGCAGAGGAAAGGAUUCUCCCUCAAAGCCUGCCUUCAGUUCGGCUCCCACCCCUGCCAUAGUGCGUCCUGGCUCCCUCCCCCUGCACCUGGGUUAUGAUGGCCUGCAGCCCACCAUGCCCUCCCCUACCUCUGUCAUCACACACACCCCACCAUCCAACCGCACACUGGGAUCUCCCACAGUGCCGUACCCAAUGAUGAUGCUUCCCAAUGGUCAAACAGUUCCUGUUCUUCCAGGUCCUAUGCAGAUGCCUUCUGUAAUAUCUCUGGCGAGGCCCCUUUGUAUGGUGCCCAACAUUCCAGGAAUACCCGGCCCUCCACUAGGGGGCAGCAGCAGCGGCUCGUCUUCACCCUCUGGUUAUAACCCCCACAAUGAGGCAAAGAUGAGGCUGAAGGCUGCAUUAUCUCAGCAGACCUAUGCGGCUCAGGGUUGUCUUGGUGUGGCGAUGGGGUCCAGUGCGAUGGUCCCUCAGAGGGUGGAGCAAAGCCAGCUGCUGGUCCAGCAUCCAGAUGCCCCAUCCCCUGCUCAGCCACAGGUGUCACCCGCUCAGCCCACCGGAGGUCGCAGGCGGAGAACGACUGAUGACGACCCUGAUGAGAGGAGGCAGCGCUUCCUGGAGCGGAACCGGGCAGCAGCUUCUCGUUGCAGACAGAAACGCAAGAUAUGGGUCAGCUCUCUGGAGAAGAAGGCUGAAGAACUCACCUCCGUCAACGUCUCGCUGUCGAACGAGGUGUCUCAUCUACGAAAUGAAGUUGCUCAUCUGAAGCAGUUGCUGUUAGCCCAUAAAGACUGUCCUGUCACCAACCGCCAGAAGAAAGCUGUCUACCUGGGAGAGGAACACAUGAAAGAUACAUCUGAGCCCACAGGCUCCCCGGCACAGGUCAUUCAGCACAGCUCUCUGGCCCCCAGCCCCUCAUCUGCAGUAGGGCCCAACGGCCUGAGCUCCCGCGCCGCGGCCGAGGCAGUGGCCAUGUCAGUGCUGGCGGGGAUGGGCAGCCAGCGGGGGGAGAGCGGAGGACCGUCGCACGUCAUCAUGGCCACACAGUCCCACCCAUCCAGCAGAUGAUGAGUGCAGCUAACUGUCUGCCUGGGACUCUCCGCAUCCCGGGAGAGGGGCAGAUCUGUGGAAUGCACUCUGUUCCCAUUCUUCAGUCUGGUUCCCUCUCAUGCCAUCAACCUCUGGCCUGGAGCUCAGCUGCAUUCUGGGAAUGAAACUGGGACUGUGUACACAUACUGUAUAGAGAAAGACUUAAGGAGUUUGUCGCUCACUAUGCCAUAGACUACGGGGGCUGGACUCCAAACCAUGCUCUCAUUUGCAUCCUCUAUAACUCCUCCUCCUUCCUUCAACUUUCUUCUGCUCCUCCACUGGCUGUAGGACUGCAAAGCACUUCCUGUCAUUAAAUGUAUCCCCAUAGACACACGCUGCAAUAAGGACAUUGCCUGAACCGUGACUGUGCACUUUGUGUAUGUGUAUGUGUGCACAAUAAUUCUCACACACACACACACACAUCCAGGCUGCAUCUCGAAGUUGCGAUGAUGCAAUACUUUAUAUAUUCUUAUAUAUAUAUAUGUAUUAGUAAGUGUGUGUGUGUGUGUGUGUGUGUGUGUGUGUGUGUGUGUGUGUGUGUGUUUGAGAGAAACAUGAUGCUUUAAUGUUCUGUAGGAUCUUCUACUUUGCUAUUUUAGAACAGGUUUUUUAGUUUUCAUGUGGCCACCACUCUUAUCUGACCCUCGCUCAUCUUACCUCAUUUUUAACCUGAUAUAUACGUUUAUAAUCAACGUGUGCAUGUGUGUUUCUCGUGUGGGUGUACAGUAAUGUACAAAUGAAAAUAGCAGCUUGUGAAGGACUGAUACACUAAGACUGCCUUGUUAGCAUGCAAACUUUUCUAUAUAUAAACUGUAUUGUAUUGGCACAUUGCGUUCAGUUUGGCCUAUGGAACCUCAUAGUUGUCAUUUUGUUUGGUCCUAUCGUUGUUUUCUUGCGUACAACAAACUCAGAAACUGUAAACAGCAUACUGCCUGAGGUCAUUAUGUAUGAUUAAUUUUAAUCAGGAUUGUGUCUGGUCCAGAGUCUUGAGAAAUCUAUGUAUUGACUGUCCUAAAUUAUACCAUUUCCUUUCCCUGUGAUCACAAUGUUUUAAAUUCCGCUUUAGAUUGA